AUGUAGCACCCCGUCCCAUUGCGUCCCUCUUGGUGUGCCAAACAACGCUAGGGCUUCACAAUCCGAUGCAGUAACGUCUUCUUCCUCGCUCACUCUACCCUCGAGAAUGGAGAAGUAGGGGAGGGCGACACAGAGUGGCUUCUCUCCGUUUCCUCUAAUGGCGCACCGUGCUGCUAAACGGUCCAAGCUGAACCAGAGAGGGGAGGAUGAUUACUUGCCGGGCAACAUCGUAGAGAUCGAGAUCCACAACUUCAUGACCUACGACCACCUCAAGUGUCAGCCCGGCUCCCGCCUCAACCUGGUCAUUGGUCCCAAUGGCUCCGGAAAGAGUUCCCUUGUCUGCGCCAUCGCACUAGGCCUCGCUGGAGAGCCCCAGCUUCUUGGAAGAGCUUCUAGUGUGGGGGCAUUCGUGAAGCGGGGUGAGGAGUCCGGUUAUAUAAAGAUAUCUUUGAGAGGGGAGACUGAGCUGGAGAAGAUUGUCAUCACGAGGAAGAUUGACACAUCGAACAGGUCUGAGUGGGCCAUUAAUGGUGUGGCAGUGCCAAAAAGGGAUGUUAUUACGAUUAUUCAAAAGUUCAAUAUCCAAGUUAACAAUUUGACGCAAUUCUUGCCCCAAGAUCGUGUAUGCGAGUUUGCUAAGCUGACGCCAAUACAAUUAUUAGAAGAAACAGAAAAAGCUGUUGGUAAUCCUGACUUGCCAGUCCAGCAUCAAGAACUUAUUGAGAAAAGUGGUCAAAUCAAGAAACUUGAAGUGAGUGUCAGGCAGAAUAGAGAUACUCUAAAUCAGCUUAAGACCCUCAAUGCUGAGCUAGAGAAAGAUGUAGAACGUGUUCGCCAAAGGCAGAAACUUUUAGACUUCGUUGACUUGAUGAAAAAGAAACUUCCAUGGCUUAAAUAUGACAUGAAGAAAAUGGAAUAUAUGGAAGCAAAGAAACAGGAGACUGAAGCUAAGAAAAAGAUGGACAAAGCUGCUAAAAUUUUGAAUGAUCUUAAAAGGCCUAUAGAGGAACGGAAGAAAGAGAAAGCAAUGCAUGAAUCAACUAGCAAGAAAAUAUGCAAUCAAGUAACUGACAAUGCAAAGAAACGCAUGGAAGUUUUUGAGCGGGAAAGUGAAAUGGUGGUGCAAGUGCGAGGAAAAUAUGCCGAAAUGGAAGAGCUAAGAAGGCACGAAGAAUCUUGUCAACAAAGGAUCACAAAAGCAAAAGAAGAUCUUCUUGCUGCUGAAAAGGAGCUUGCAGAUAAUCCAAUUUAUGAAGCUCCAACAGAUGAAAUUGAAAGAAUAGGUAAUCAAAUACUUGAGCUCCGAAUUAAUGCAAAUGAAGUGAAAUCUCAAAGGAAAGAGAAAGAAAAUAUCUUACUUCAGAAGAAAUUGAUCUUGAAGCAGUACAUUGACAGGUUAAAGGAGAUGGAAAACAAUAACAACAAACUUCUUCAAGCUUUACGAAAUUCUGGUUCAGAUAAAAUAUUCGAGGCUUACAAGUGGGUUCAAGAGCAUCGAAGUGAGCUAAGGAAAGAAGUAUAUGGACCUGUUCUCCUUGAGGUAAAUGUUCCGGAUCUGCUUCAUGCCUCCUACUUGGAAAGGCAUGUGCCUAACUACAUAUGGAAGUCAUUCAUUACUCAGGAUUCAGCAGAUAGAGAUUUCCUAGUUAGAAAUCUUAAAUCAUAUGAUAUCCCAAUUCUAAAUUAUGUGGAAGGUAGAGGCAUCAAUAGAGUGCUCUUUCAAGUUUCACAUGAGAUGCGUGAGCUUGGUAUCUACAAUAGGCUUGAUCAAGUUUUUGAAGCUCCUGAUGCUGUUAAAGAUGUUUUGAUUAGCCAGGCUGCCUUGGAAAAAUCUUACAUUGGUUCGCGUGAUACUGACCGGAGGGCAGAUGAGGUGUCACGUCUAGGAAUAUUGGAUUUGUGGACUCCAGAGAGUCACUAUCGAUGGUCCAUGUCAAGAUAUGGUGGCCACAUCUCAGCAUUAGUCGACUCAGUCCCUCCCUCGCGUCUUUUCUCGUGCAGUGUGGAUGUUGGCGAUUUAGAAAAGCUCAAGUCUACGAAGGUUGAGCUAGAACAAGUGAUUGGGGAACUGGAAGGUAGCUUGAAAAUGCUUCAGGCACAACAGAGACAAUUAGAAGAUGAAGAAGCUAAUUUGCACAAACAACAGGAUCAAAUAACCCAAUCUUACAAACUUGCGAAGAAGAAGCGCUGUGACCUGGAACGUCUUGUUGUACAAAGGAGAUGCAAACUUGAUUCCCUCAACAAAGAGGAUGACCUGGAGUUAGGCACAAAAAAGCUUAUUGAUCAAGCUGCUAAGUUGAACGAGAAACGAUUCCAAAUGGCAAUUAAAAUUAAAGUCAGGCUGUAUCCAGAUAAUUCACUGAUCGAGGCAGUUGCUCUCAAAUGGAAAUGUGCUGAGAAGCACAUGAUGUCGUUGGAGCUUGAUGGAAAGAUCAGAGAAAUGGAGACUGAUCUCAAGCAACAUGAGAAGUCUGCUUUGGUAGCCACUACACAUUUUGGCAAUUGCAAAAAAGAAACUGAGCAGUGUAAAGAACAACUCCAUGAUGCAAAGCGUCAUGCUGAAUCUGUUGCAAUUAUCACUGAAGAUCUUGGUCAGGAAUUCUUGAAGAUGCCAGGUACAAUAGAGGAACUGGAAGCUGCAAUCCAAGAUAAUAUAUCUGAAGCAAACUCGAUUCUGUUUCUUAAUCAGAAUAUUCUUGAAGAAUAUGAAAAUCGUCAAUGCAAGAUAGAUGCCAUAGCAGCUAAACUUGCGGUGGAUGACAAGGAACUAAGUAGAUAUCUACGGGAGAUAGAUACUUUAAAGGAAAAUUGGCUUCCCACAUUGCGGAAUCUUGUUGCCAAGAUAAAUGAUACUUUUAGUCGUAACUUUCGAGAGAUGGCUGUUGCUGGCGAGGUUUCACUUGAUGAGCAUGACAUGGAUUUUGACAUGUAUGGAAUACUUAUAAAAGUGAAGUUCAGACAAUCUGGACAACUUCAAGUGCUGAGUGCCCAUCACCAGUCUGGAGGGGAGCGCUCGGUUUCAACAAUUCUUUAUCUUGUUUCACUUCAAGAUCUUACAAAUUGCCCUUUCCGCGUGGUUGAUGAGAUAAAUCAAGGAAUGGAUCCUAUAAAUGAAAGAAAAAUGUUUCAACAACUUGUCAGAGCAGCCAGUCAACCGAAUACACCUCAGUGUUUUUUGCUGACGCCGAAGUUGCUUCCUGAUCUGGAAUACAGUAAUGCUUGUAGCAUUUUGAAUAUCAUGAAUGGCCCCUGGAUCGAGAAACCUGCGAAAGUGUGGAGCGGUGGUCAAUGUUGGAGAGCGGUGAUGGGUUUGACGGGAGAAAGCGUAAGUUGAAUGUUACUGGCUUUGGUGAUGGAUCCCUUUAUGAAGCCUUCAAAGGCCUUCUCACAGUAGUUCUCGUGUUUAAUUUGUAAAUGAAUCACAGUAGAGGUUUUGUGUUUUGGUGCAAUGCAGCAAUAUCAAUUGCAUAUGAAAUAAUUAAUUCUAACUUUUUAUUGUGCAUUUAAGUCUUGUAAGAUUUGCCGCAAGUUUAUUUGUGUGAUUGAUCAUUCAUUUUAA